AUGGAUCCCAUCGGAUUGAGCCAGUUACGAUCGUAUUUUGACGCUAUUAUGGAGAGGCUUUCUCGCGAACAACAGACCAGACAGGGGAAGAUCGCUCCAGAUGAUCGAUCAAGAAUUCCCCCGGAUUGCCGAUCGUGCAUUCCUGAUAUUGAGAUGGAAUCAGUGGGAUCACGUGGUAGGCGUUUAGAAAAGUACGAUCCGGACGAUCUUUUUGAUCUGGAUGACCCUCGACGACCGUUGAUAGCGACUGCAGAGGCUAUUUCGAGUGAGGAGGAUUUACUACUAUGCGCACCAGACGUGGAAAAGUGUUUAGAUUUCAGUACUUUCUUACGUAACGGCGCGAACUUGGUAUGCCCAGUUGAGCUGAUCGACGCAAAACACAUGGAAAUUACUCUUGGAAAAUUUUAUGGUUCAGUAUGGGGAUAUGGAUUAUCUACCGGAAGGCAUUAUUACUAUGCGUGGAACCAAUCAGAUGAAACUCCAGUAGAGUAUCUUUAUCGACUGAACGUGGCGGGAAUGAGAGAGAAGGUUCCAGUACAAGAUGGAUCACCCAAUGCUCGUCAUGCAGAUGUCAUGGAGGAAACAUUACGUGCGUAUCAACGUAAGAAAUCCCGACAAGGUGAAGCAUCUAUUGGAUCGAGCAAGUUUCGUCAGCAAUCUGCUACCCCACCCAAUCCGACAUCGUCAAAACCUGCUUGCGCAGUGUGA